UGUGGUGUCCGUAUUACAAACAAUAUUCUAAGACGCGAGCAUCGGUACCAAUAGGUUGUCAACGAAAAUCAUAACGAAUUAUUCUGGAAAAACAACCUAACAUACGACAAACAUUACCUGCAUCAAUUUUAUUAAGAUCGGACUAGAUUUUGCAUCAAAUUUCUUUGUCGGGAAGAGCUAAUAAACAAUAACAAGGUUGUUAAUCAUGACAAUGAAAUUAACUUCCAUGGCACAUAGGCAAAUGCGAUGGUAUUCGACGAAAGAAAAAAUGAAAGUCGUAGAUAAUAUUGAUGAAUUAUUGUUAAACAAUGAACUCAAGCACAGAAAUCAUCCAGGUGUAAUAAAGCCUAGACAAGUGCAGCAACCUACUUGGUUAUCAAAUGCAAUUAAAAUAGUUUUAAAAGAUGAAGGAAUAUCAGAGAAGUCAAUUUAUGCAAGUGGACAACAAUUGGGAUUGCAUCUGUACGGUCGUCAAGCUCCAUUAGAAAAUAGAGAUGUUCGUUCGAAAUUAGCGGAAGUUCAAGCAUGCAUAGAAGAAAAGACAAAAGAAACGAUUGAAAAAGAGGAUCUAUUGAAAAAUCCAAAGUCCAGAAAGCUUUUCAAAGAAAUGGUUUAUAAUUGGAUGCCAAUUCAGUAUGACAAAUAUACAUGUUUAUCGUAUUUAACUGUCAGAAGCGUGCCUGAGUAUUGUGUACUGUGUAAAAUCUUUAAUGAAAUUAACACAGAGGAUUCAAAUUUUGUACCUAAAUCAUUGUUCGAUUAUGGUUCUGGUAUUGGGACAGUUAUGUGGGGAGCGUCUCAAUUUUGGUUUAAGUCCAUUAAAGAAUAUUAUUGUGUCGACGCUUCUGCGGAUAUGAAUGAGUUGUCCGAGUAUCUUAUGAAAAAAGCUAAGCCACAAGUUCUGCCAGAACGCAUUUAUUAUCGACAAUUUUUACCUGCAUCGCCAACUCCGACUUACGAUAUUGUAGUAAGCGCAUAUUCGUUAUUAGAAUUACCGGAUCAAAAAUCUCGUCUUGAAGUAAUUCUAAAACUUUGGCAAAAAACUGAAAAUUAUUUAAUUUUUGUGGAACAAGGUACAAAGGCAGGAUUUAAAAUAGUAAACGAAGCUCGAGAUUUCGUACUUAAUUACAGCAAGAAUACAUCCAAUGUGCAUGUGUUUUCGCCUUGCCCACACGACCUACCAUGCCCUGCGUAUAUGAAUGAGAGUACUUGCAAUUUUAAAAUUGUUUAUCAGACAUUAUCUGUCUUUAAGAAGUCUGAAUACAAAAACGAAAGCUAUUCGUACGUGGUAUUGAAGAAAGGUGAACGUCCAAAAGAUGCCCGUGAAUGGCCACGAAUUGUCAAACCAGUAUUGAAACGUUCUAAACACGUUAUAUGUCGCAUGUGCACGACAUCGGGCAAACUACAAGAGGAAAUUUUUACCACAUGGAAAAAUGGACUAAAUACAUAUCGUUGCGCAAGAUCGAGCGAAUUGGGCGAUCGUUUACCUUUUAAAAUAGAGGAGGCAGAAUGCACCAAAGAAACGAAAUAAUAUAAUAAGUAUACAUUCGUUAUUAAUUGAAU